AUGCGUAUGGGUUCAGAAGUUUAUCAUCAUUUAAAAAAUUUAAUCAAAAAACAAUAUGGUCUUGAUGCUACAAAUGUUGGAGAUGAAGGAGGAUUUGCUCCUAAUAUUGAAAGUGCUGAAAAAGCUCUUGAUAUCAUUGUUGAAGCAAUAGAUAAAGCCGGCUAUAACGGAAAAAUUAAAAUUGGUAUGGACGUUGCUGCUAGUGAGUUUUGUGAUGAAAAAACAAAACAGUAUGAUUUGAACAAUAAAGAUCCAAAUAAUCCCAAAAUACACUCAUCCGAAGAUUUAGUCAAUUUUUACGCAGAAAUAGUAGGAAAAUAUCCAAUAAUAUCAAUUGAAGAUGGUUUUGAUCAAGAUGAUUGGACUGGUUUUCAAUUACUUUUACAACGACUGAAAGAACAAAACAGAAAUGUACAAUUAGUGGGUGAUGAUUUAACAGUUACAAAUGUCAAACGUAUUCAAACAGCCAUUGAUAAAAAAGCAUGUGAUUGUCUUUUGCUUAAAGUAAAUCAAAUUGGAUCUGUGACAGAAGCAAUUUCAGCAUGUAAUUUGGCUCGUGGAGCUGGAUGGGGUGUGAUGGUCAGUCAUCGUUCAGGUGAAACAGAAGAUACAUUUAUUGCUGAUCUUGUUGUUGGUUUAGGAACAGGACAAAUCAAAACUGGCGCUCCAUGUCGCAGUGAACGUUUAGCCAAAUAUAAUCAAAUGCUACGUAUCGAAGAAGAAUUGGGUUCAAAUGCUAAAUAUAGUGGCGAAAGUGCUUUCAUAAAGAAAUAA